AUGGGAGCGGAGGAUCAAGAGGAGCUUCCUGACUUCGACGAAGAGGACGCCAAGAACGAGGAGUCGAAAGAUGCCGAGGCCAAGAAGGGCCAAGCAGCGCUGCACGCCUCUGGCUUCAAGGACUUCCUGCUGAAGCCGGAGCUCAUCCGAGCCAUCGUGGAUUGUGGCUUCGAGCAUCCCUCAGAGGUGCAGCACGAGUGCAUCCCGCAGGCCAUCUUGGGAACGGAUGUCCUGUGCCAGGCGAAGUCGGGCAUGGGAAAGACCGCGGUCUUCGUGCUGGCCUGUUUGCAGCAGGUGGAUUCCUCCGAGAAGGCAGUGAGGACGUUGGUGAUCUGCCACACCAGGGAAUUGGCCUAUCAGAUCAAGCACGAGUUCGAACGCUUCGCCAAAUACUUCCCGGAGAUUAAGCCCGCGGUGGUCUAUGGUGGAACUCCGAUGUCCAAAGACAAAGAAAUGCUGAAGGACUCCUGUCCCCACAUUUUGAUCGGCACGCCCGGCCGCGUGCUGGGCUUGGUGCGCGAGAAGGAUCUGAAAUUGGACAAGAUCCAGCAGUUUGUGCUGGACGAGUGCGACAAAUGUCUGGACAAGGUGGACAUGCGAAAGGACGUCCAACAGAUCUUCUUGGAGACUCCCAAGAAGAAGCAGGUGAUGAUGUUUAGUGCCACCAUGUCGGCUGAGACCCGACAGCUCUGCAAGAAGUUCAUGCAGGACCCGCACGAGAUCCGCGUGGACGAAGAAUCGAAGCUCACGCUGCAUGGAUUGCUGCAGUACUACGUGAAGCUCACCGAAAAGGAGAAGAAUCGAAAGCUUAACGAUCUACUCGACGCCUUGGAGUUCAAUCAGUUCAUCUACCUCAACCGCUACGUCACCGCCAUGGCCGACAGCGAGCCACCGGGUGACGAGCCCGGCUCGUCCUCGAGUUGUGGCGUCAACGGCGAUGCGGAGACCGAGGAGAAGAGCGCGGAAGCCUCACUGGUGCCGAGGGAAUCGGGGUAUAGCUACGCGCACUUCGUGGAGAGGUUCAAACAUCCUUCGGCCCAGGCGGUGGUCAACGAGAUCCGGGACUUCGUCAACGACUUCCCGGCGAACCUGUCGCGCCUGGCGGCUUCGCGGAGGAUCCAAGGCUUUUUGAAGCAAUUGACGCCCAAGCUGCUGCAGGCCGACGCCUUCAGCAGUGAGGAUGGCGAGGUAGCAGGAGAAGGCCUGGAGAAGUUUGUGGUUCUGAAGCUCUACAAGCUUCUCUUCCGCCACGACCCCGCGGACAUCCGCGAAGACGAGCGCGCGGAGCAGCUGCUGCGUGAGGCGCGCAGCAAGGCGAAGACGAGUCCCAUGCAGGAGGUGGUGGCCAAGUUCACUCCCAAGCAGCGCGAGGCCUUCGAGGCCGCGGCCGCCGAGCUGAGGAAGGUGGAGCAGUACCGCGCCCCGCGGGACAAGUUGAGUUGUUUCGCCAACGCCAUCCGGCUCUCUGAGAAUUUGCUGGUGGAACGCGUCUUCACCGCUGACGCCAAUGGAUCCCAUUGGAUCACACUGCUGGCGGCGUUAAUUCUGAAAGCCUCGCCGUCCAAUUUGUAUUCCAACCUGGAGUUUACCACCUCGUUCCGGUCGCGCAUGACGCCAGAGGAGCGCAAGAGCUUGGCAGACUUCGCCUCCGCCUUCGUCUUGCUCUGCGGCAGCUCGCAGCGAUUGACCUCCUUAGAGCUAAACGAUGGACGCGAUGGUGACAAGGCUUCUCCAGCACUGCCACUGUGGUUGAUGGAUGCUGGUGUGACUUUCAACUUCGAAGAUCGCAAUGCUGAAGAUUUGCUGUUCGGAGAGGUGGAGGAGCUGCUGGACGAGUACCACAAGAUGAUCUCUGCGCUGCGGGACCUGAACGGUGGUCGACUCAAGACCUUUGACACCUGA